CCUCCCCCCUCUCUGUCCAGACUAACAAUCUCUCCCUCCCCAACCUCGGCCCUCCUCUCCGUCCCCUCCACCUCAAAAUCCUACUCCCUCCGCCAAAAAAACACCUCCAACGCCCUCAUCAUCCUCGAACCAACAGACACCAGCGGUCUAAAAGCCAUAGCCACCCUCCACGAAACCGUCGAGCUCGUCCCCCUACCCACCACCGCUGCCGCCCCCGAGGUCAAAAAGAGGGGAAAGUGGCACGAAAAGUUUGCGAGUGGGAGGAAAUAG